GUGUAGUGUUUGGUAAACUUCCUGAUAACAUAUUUCCAGCUCGUAUUUCUUGUAAACACGGCGUACGGCUAGACACACAGAAGUCUCUUCGCUAAUACAGUUAAAAUUUGUGUCACCGGUUGUUGUUAAAGCCAUAGCGUCGCUCAGUUUGGGGCGUUUAUCGCGUCCAAACGAGCUGCGACGCUUUUCCGUACAUAAGGCUCCCUGCGGAAUGACAGCUGUCAGCUAACAGCUAGCCAGCUAACGGUCAGCCAGAACUCCUUAGCCAGAGCGCCGAGUCUGUCAGCCGUGGAAAGUAGUGACACUCUCAUGGUGGUCUCAGUUCAAUGGGGAACUGUCUGUUUUCACAAGGUGCGGAUGACCUGUCGCUGCUGAACGACUCCGAGGGGGGCAGCCUGCCCGGAGAGCCCCCGCCGCCCUACCAGGAGCAGCCUGGGUCUCAGGAGCGCACUCAGCCUGUGCCAGUGUACCACCCCACCCCGGGUGAGAGCCGUCUGGCCAGUCAGCUGACUGAGGAGGAGCAAGUUCGCAUCGCGCAGCGCAUAGGACUCAUCCAGCAUCUUCCCAAAGGCAUCUUUGACCCUGGCUCUGACCCCUCUGAGAAGAAAGUGAAAGAAUGUGUGAUCUGCAUGAUGGAUUUUGAAUAUGGUGACCCCAUCCGGUUCUUGCCCUGCCUUCACAUCUACCACGUGGACUGCAUCGACCCAUGGCUGAUGCGUUCCUUCACCUGCCCAUCCUGCAUGGAGCCAGUAGAUGCAGCCCUGCUGUCCACUUAUGAAACCAACUGAGCGGCCCCCGGUGGCUGCUUCUGCCUAAAAGUAACUGCACCUUUUUUUAGCCUAAACUGUCAUAGCUGUUCCAACAGGUAGAUGAGGUGAUGUGGCGUUAUGCAGAUGUUUGUUGGGUGCUUGAUCAUACACACAAGUAAACAACUGUGUCUUAUGGCACAUUGUUUAGGUCUGAAAUGCGCCUAGUCUGAGUUGGAAAGCCUGCUUUGGCAGAAGGAAGACGUGCCAAAUAAAGCAAACGAAAAAGCUGUACAAGUAGCAAAAUAUUACUGCAAAGUAAUUUCACUUUCAUAUGACUAAUAGUUAUGAUUUUUCAGUCAGUGUAAUUUGCAUCCCCUUUUAAGAUGUUUGAUGUGCAAUAUGUUAUGUUAAUGGAGGAAAUGCAAAUUUGUCCUGGUCAGGUGGGAAUUAUUGUCAGAAUUUCCAGUGAACACAUGAAGUGAAGUAACUACCAAGUGAACUUGUGGUCUUGAAUGUCGCAGAAACACAACGCUCUCUACUGACAAGCAGUCGUCAGUAUACAUAAAGCUUCGAUGAUAUUUUCCUGAAUGAAGGCGUGCUGUUUCACAUCUGGAGCUCCACGAGAUAAAAUUGUGUUAUUUCAAGCUUUUGAGCAUAUUUUGAAGAUUACUUCAGUUUUAUUUUAGCUGCUUUUAUAUGUGAAUGUUUCUGUUGCUUUCGCUUUGCCUUGGGUUUGUGCUCUCUGUUAUGUUAAAACAAAAAUAAAUAAGCCCUUAGUGUGUCCUUUAAAGUCAGUAACAAAGACACAAUAUACUGUGCAAUCACCCUUAAAGCACCUUGAGAUAAGAUGUCUGUCACCCGAGACUGUGUAGCUUGUAGAUUUCGAUAACGGUGUUUUUCUCUCUCUGUGUGUAUAUGUGCAUUUUGAGGAGAUGUUGGGUAGAGAUCAUCAUGUCAAGGUAACCUUGUGAACUAAUCUCAUCAGUUGUCAAAUGUAGUUACCUCUCCUUUUCUAGUUUGAAGCUUUUGGAUUGUGUGUCGAAGGCCUUCUAAAUGAGCACGUAUGCAUUUCCAAAGCUUCUAAGUCUGGUAACAGAAGAUGAUUUUAUGCUUUUGGUGUUGGACGUGUACGGUCUGUUAUGACUGUGUAAUGCACAAAGCAGUGAAAUGGCAGCAACAGAGUCUACAGCAGUAGAAAGGAAUGUAUCUUUAAUGUAAAGCAUGAUUUCAGCUUUUAAAGAUUUGGACAAUAUGACUGUAAGAGGAAAUUUGUGAUUUACUGUGCACAUACUGUGCCUUUUUAAGGUCGAUGUAAGCCAAUUUCCUGUGAAGUACAAUCAUUUCUGACAUUUUGUUUUUCUUUAGUUGUCCUCUAGGAGGAGGCAGAUACCAGCAAUGUAGUGAUUUGUGUCACAGUGGAACAGGUCUAGGAUGAAGCCAGAAAUGUGAUCUGGCUGCCGUUAACAAUCAACAGUCAUUCUGUCUUUUAAUUUGUAACUUGUGCUUCAAGUGCACGGGUUUUAGGAAAUCCAUGAAACCACAAUAAAAGUGGAUACCA